GCACUCCCAAGGACUCCUCCCUUGGAGAAAGGUCGUGAGGGAGGAGGAGCCGGGAGCAAGCGUUAACCCGGAAGGAGUGAUUCAGGAAAUGCUGAGAUGAAUCGUCACCUGUGCAUUUGGCUUUUUAGACAUCCAUCUCUUAAUGGUUACCUCCAGUGUCACAUCAAUCUCCAUUCUCAUCAAUUUAGACAAAUACAUCUUGAUGCCAGGCUGUGGGAUUUUAGGCAAAAUAGGAAUCACAUUGUCCAUCGUCUUUUAAAUAAGAAUUGGUCCAGGAGAUAUUGUCAUCAAGACACCAGAAUGCUCUGGCAGCAUAAAGCACUACAGAAAUAUAUGGAGAACUUGAAUAAGGAGUACCAAACACUUGAGCAGUGCUUACAGCAUAUCUCUGUGAAUGAAGGGGACCGAAGGUCCUUGAACCAAAGGCAUGCUGAGUUGGCACCCCUUGCAGCCAUUUACCAAGAAAUUCAGGAGGCUGAACAAGCAAUUGAAGAAUUGGAAUCAAUGUGUAAAAGCCUAAAUAAACAAGACGAAAAGCAGUUACAGGAACUUGCAUUAGAAGAAAGGCAAACCAUUGAUCAAAAAAUCAACAUGUUGUAUAGUGAGCUUUUCCAGAGUCUAGUGCCAAAGGAGAAAUACGACAAAAAUGAUGUUAUUUUAGAGGUGACAUCUGGAAGAACUACUGGAGGUGAUAUCUGCCAACAAUUUACCCAGGAAAUUUUUGACAUGUACCAGAAUUAUUCACACUAUAAACGCUGGAAAUUUGAACUUCUAAAUUAUACACCAGCUGAUUAUGGUGGACUACAUCAUGCAGCCGCCCGAAUUUCUGGUGACAAUGUCUAUAAGCAUUUGAAGUAUGAAGGUGGGAUUCACCGAGUUCAGCGAAUCCCUGAGGUGGGCCUGUCAUCAAGGAUGCAGCGUAUUCACACAGGAACAAUGUCAGUUAUUGUCCUUCCUCAACCAGAUGAGGUAGAUGUGAAAGUGGACCCCAAGGAUUUGCGAAUAGAUACAUUUCGAGCCAAAGGAGCAGGCGGGCAGCAUGUUAAUACAACGGAUAGUGCUGUCAGACUUGUCCAUAUCCCCACAGGGCUUGUAGUAGAAUGCCAACAAGAACGAUCACAGAUAAAAAAUAAAGAAAUAGCACUGCGUGUGUUGAGAGCCAGACUCUACCAGCAGAUCAUUGAGAAAGACAAGUGUCAACAACAGAGCACUAGAAAACUGCAGGUGGGAACAAGAGCCCAGUCAGAAAGAAUUCGGACGUAUAAUUUCAACCAGGAUAGAGUCACUGACCACAGGAUAGCAUAUGAAGUUCGUGAUAUUAAGGAAUUUUUAUGUGGCAAGAAGUGCCUGGAUCAACUAAUUCAGAGACUGCUUCAAUCAGCAGACGAAGAAGCCAUUGUUGAACUUUUGGAUGAAAACUUUAAAUCAGCAAAAUAAAUGCUUAUUUAUUAUUUAUUAUUAUAUAAAUGAAAUGGACCUAUAUCGAGAAGCAGACUGAGGCAUGGAAAUCUUUAUGAACAUUCAUAAAGUAUAGCUAUAAGUACACAGUACUUACAUAUAUAUGCGUAUAUUUGGCACCUGGCCAGUAAUACUUGACCUUGGUGGUACCACACCACGCUCUAACAAGUGAGCUAAUCAGCCAGCCCUUACCAAUAUUUUUUUUAAUGAAGCAACAUCACAUUUCUUGACCUAAGGGUUUAUUUUAGGUUUCCUGUAAAGUACAAUCCAGUUCUACAAAUAGAAAACAAUCAUGCAUCAUUGAAAAGAAAUAGAGUAUUGAGAACUGAUUGUGUGAUUUAGGACAAGUCACUUGUUCUCUUUAUACUCCUUUUUUAACAACCAUUUAUGAAAUAAUUUAAACAUUUUUCAUCUAUUUCAGGAAAAUGUAAUAAAUUUAGUGAUAUUUGAUUUAUAUACUUAUUUGUAAACCCCUUAUUUAAAGACAAAGUACUGUUAAUCAUGUCAAAGUUAGGACUUUGACUGCAACUUUUAAAUAAAAAAUAAAAAUUAAGAAUAUGGGUUACUCAGUGACAGCAUCUCCAGGAUACAGAUUGUAAAGCUCUUUACUGAAUAAAUUCUGUACUGUAUGAACGACAAGCCAAUAUUUAAAGUAGAUUCUCUGUUUGACUUCUAUUUCUUAUUGUUCUUUGGCUUAACUUAAUGUGAAUCAACACAUGUGGUAUAAUAUGAGUAAUUCACUGCGAUCAGUUUUGUGCAGUGAUACAUAAAACCCAGUCAUUACUUUAAAGAUCUUCCAGUUGAGAGAAGGAGCUAAACAUGCAAAUCACCAACUAAUACAAAGUGGUAUGGUAUAUUUAGUAAUUGUUCUGAAGAAGUUUCUUGACUAAAAAAGAGAGGGAUUAUUAUUUUAGACAUUCUCAGAAUGGAAUUUAUGUGCAAGGAAGCCUAUCCUAGAGUUUUAAGACCAGUGGAAUUAUUUGAAGGUAAAGAUGAGAGAGAAAUGUUUUCCCAAAUAUUUAUUUUGAAAAUAUUCAAGCAUACAGAAAAGUUUUAAAGAUAGUUUUUAAGAAAUAGUUCAAUAAACACUGUAUACUCUAGAUUAAACUACUGUUAACAUUUUGCCACAUUUGGUUUGGGGUAUUUUUCUCUCUGUAAACACAUACGCGCGCGUGGUGGUUGUUCGACCAUUUAAUAGUUGCAGACCUCAUGACACUACUCCAAAAUAUUUCUACAUGCAUCUCCUAAGAACAAGGACACUCUCCUACAAAAUCAGAACUCCAUUACCACACCUAAUAAAAUUAACAAUUAUAUAAUAUGAUGAAAUAGCUAUUACAGAUUAAAAUUUCUUUAGUUAUCCCCAAUGUCUUUUUUAGCAGUUUUUCUUUGUUGCUUUUGUCCAAUCCAGAUCCAACCAAGAUUCAUAUAUUGCAUUUGGAUGUAUUUCUUUAGUUUCUAGAUUAAUCCCUCUUCCUUUUUUCCCACAUGACAUUGACUUUUUGAAGAGUCCAGCCAAAUUGUUUCACAGAAUUGGCCUAUAUUCUGGAUUUGUCUGGCUGUUUCCUCAUGCUGUUGGUAACUUUCAUCCAUCCAUACAUCCAGUUAACUCGAUGUACUAUGAAAUAAAAAGUACAAAGAUUUAUUAAAUUCAGGUUAAACACAUUUGGCAAUGAUGUUGUGAAAUUCAUAUUGUAUCAUAUCAGGAAGUUCCACUAUUAGUGAUGCUAAGUUUUGUUUGUGGCUGGCUGGUAAGGAGAUCUGAACUCUUGACCAGGAUGCUAAGUUUUGAGAACUGCAGAACUCUUGGCACAUGAUAACUCAGUCCAAACCCCUGAGCUAAGGGACAACCAAACUCUAGCAUUGACUUUUAACAGUAUAAGACUGUAUCCCUAAAAUAACCCUAUCCUCCCUUAAAAUGCCUGCCUAAAAAAGCUCAAAGUUGGGCCGGCCCGUGGCUCACUCGGUAGAGUGCGGUGCUGAUAACACCAAGGCCCCGGGUUCGGAUCCCAUGUACGGAUGGCCGGUUCGCUCACUGGCUGAGUGUGGUGCUGACAACACCAAGUCAAGGGUUAAGAUCCCCUUACCGGUCAUCUUUUAAAAAAAAAAAAAAAAAAAAGCUCAAAGUUACCAGGAAAAUUUACUAUUUGUUCCAAGGAUUUACUAAAAGGGGCUUACAAUUGUUAAUAUGUAUCUCUUGCAACUCAGAAGCAUCUCUCUCAAGGAUCUGAGAGUCAUUCCUUUGAAAUGUAAUCAUCAGGAAGGACAGAGCCUCUACCUCCCAGUUUCUGUGGGAGGAUAGAGUCCUGUCCUAGAUAAGCUGGCCUAAGCACAUUUGCACAGACCAAUCCUUUGUGCUAUUUAACCUCUGACUCUACUGAGCCCCCAUGCCCCCCUUUCCCUUAUUCUGCCUUGAAAACACUCAAAGCACCUCUGUACAAAUCAGAAUGGAGCUCAGCUCUUUCCCCUACUGUCAAUAGUUACUGAAUAAAAUCUGUUUUCAUUGCUUUGAUGUCCAGCUGUGUUUAUCUUAACAGUUUAGUCACUAACAUAAUGGUAAUGGUACAUAUUCUCCUUAAUAAUCAGUAUGUAAUCUGUGGGCUAAUACUUCGGCAUGUAUAACAUUGUUCCUCAUUGUGCUAGGCAGCUUCUGAGAUGACCCCAGUAGUCCCCACUGCUGGCAUUCAUGAGCUUGUGUAAUCUACACACCUUGAAUGUGGACUGGACCUAUUGACUGUUUUCUAACAGGUAGAAUAUGGCAGAAGUGGUGGGAUUGUCACUUCCAAUAUUAGGCUAUAAAAAGACAUGCUUCUGGUUCGGUCUCUCUGUUUCUGUCUCUAUCUCUCACCACUUGUGGUGGUAGAAACACGAAGGAUGUUGUGAGCAACCCUGUGGAGUGGCCCACAUAGUGUGGCAAAUCUGAAGUCCUGAGUCCAACAGCCCAAGUGAACUUGGAAGCAGAUCAUUCAGCCCUAGUCAUGUUUUGCAAUGACUGCGGCCCUGACUGGUAGUUUAUAAUUUUCUUAAGCCAGAUGCACCCCACUGACCUGCAGCAGGGUACCUUGACCCUCAGAAACUGGCAGUUAAUUAAUGUUUGUUGUUUUCAGCUGCUAAAUGUUGGAAUAAUUUGUUACACCACAAUAUGUAACUAAUACACCCAAUGACCUUUUAUCUCGUGGAUUUAAGAUCAGAUUAAUGAUCCUUGCUUUGCCUAAUUCAGCUGUUACGCUGAGAAUUACAAAGUACUUUCAUUUGUUCAUUCUUUCUAUAUUUAUUAGCUGACAUUCUUUUUUAAAAAAAGCUUUCCUUUGUUUUUCCUCUCACUUUCUCUGAGUUGAGAGAUAAUUUAGUCCUAUUUGAGUCAAUAUAUCAUGUCCUGAAGGGUAGGCAUUAUCCCCCAAAAUAAUUGAUUUUCUCUGUAUAAUCUCAUUUAGUUUGAAUGUUGAAUAGGGACAUAGUGUAAAAGUUAAAAACAAACGUUUCGUUUUCAGGCAUUUUACAUAACAGAAAUAUUUACCCAAGGAAAUAUAAAUAUUAAACUGUGUGAAACUGGGCAAAAUGAAGACAGCCUAAUUUGCUAUACUGUCAAACAUAAGACUAUGUGUCAUCUUUCAAAAUUCUUUUUUUCUUCAGAAAAAACAAAACAAAACAAAAAAACACUAAAUAUAUAAACCCCAAACAGGAUUUCUGCAAAAAGAAAAAAAAAGAGAGAAAAAAAAAAUGUAAAAGGGAAGGCAGGAGAAAGGGGUAUUGACUUGUUAACAUUUAUUCACUUGAUCAGUUUAAUAUUCCAUGCCAAGGAAUGGAAGGGUCUGUAGUGGGUUAGAAAUCUUGAUUGUCCUUUGAUCUUAGAAUAGGAUUUUUAGGUAAUCCAUGUAUGGAGCUAACAGGCUCUUGAGUAGGGGACAACAGUUCACAGAAAAGUUUGGCAAAAGCCAUGUAAUCAAUUCUAAUCACUGUUUAGGGAUGGGAUUGUACACUUUGACUAUUUUAAGUUGCUGGUUUGAUUCUGGCUUGAAGGACUAUUGACUAUUUAACCUACUGAUGGUUCUUAAGGUAUGUUAAGGAAACUGCUGGAAUACUGUUUAAAUAUGCUAAGGAAAUCGCUGUAGGGAAGUAGGUGGAAAAGAAAAUGUUUACUAGGGGCAAGCUGUUUGUUGGUGGAUCGACUUAGCUUUUUACAAAUUGCAUUCUGGAAUGUCACAUUGUUAAUUUACUGCUGUUCCUGGUUUUAUACUGUUUGCUUUUAUGUCCUUCUUUGAUGAUUGAAUCAACUGAUUUUUCUUGUGAAACUUCCUUAUCCUGUCAAUAAAAAUGGUGGAUUUUGAAUCAUGGCUGCUCCCCUGAUGGACGGCCGC